AUGGAGUCCCUCCUUGGUGCCCUGUUUGCUAGUUUUGACAUGGGAACCGUCGAACAGAAAGUCCUUGUUGACACAGGCCUCAAGCCGAGUAGCGGCGCAGUAGAGGCCUGUGGCGGCGCAGCUGAGGCCUGUGGCGGCGCAGCAUGGGCCUGUGGCGGCGCAGCAGAGGCCUGUGGGGGCGCAGCAGAGGCCUGUGGCGGCGCAGCAGAGGCCUGUGGCGGCGCAGCAGAGGCCUGUGGCGGCGCAGCAGAGGCCUGUGGCGGCGCAGCAGAGGCCUGUGGCGGCGCAGCAGAGGCCUGUGGCGGCGCAGCAGAGGCCUGUGGCGGCGCAGUAGAGGCCUGUGGCGGCGCAGCAGAGGCCUGUGGGGGCGCAGCAGAGGCCUGUGGCGGCGCAGCAGAGGCCUGUGGCGGCGCAGCAGAGGCCUGUGGCGGCGCAGUAGAGGCCUGUGGCGGCGCAGCAGAGGCCUGUGGCGGCGCAGCAGAGGCCUGUGGCGGCGCAGCAGAGGCCUGUGGCGGCGCAGUAGAGGCCUGUGGCGGCGCAGCAGAGGCCUGUGGCGGCGCAGCAGAGGCCUGUGGGGGCGCAGCAGAGGCCUGUGGUGGCGCAGUAGAGGCCUGUGGCGGCGCAGCAGAGGCCUGUGGCGGCGCAGCAGAGGCCUAUGGGGGCGCAGCAGAGGCCUGUGGCGGCUCAGUAGAGGCCUGUGGCGGCGCAGCAGAGGCCUGUGGGGGCGCAGCAGAGGCCUGUGGCGGCGCAGCAAAGGCCUAUGGCGGCGCAGUAGAGGCCUGUGGCGGCGCAGCAGAGGCCUGUGGCGGCGCAGCAGAGGCCUGUGGCGGCGCAGUAGAGGCCUGUGGCGGCGCAGCAAAGGCCUAUGGCGGCGCAGUAGAGGCCUGUGGCGGCGCAGCAGAGGCCUGUGGCGGCGCAGCAAAGGCCUAUGGCGGCGCAGUAGAGGCCUGUGGCGGCGCAGCAGAGGCCUGUGGCGGCGCAGCAGAGGCCUGUGGCGGCGCAGCAGAGGCCUGUGGCGGCGCAGCAGAGGCCUGUGGGGGCGCAGCAGAGACCUGUGGCGGCGCAGCAGAGACCUGUGGGGGCGCAGCAGAGACCUGUGGCGGCACAGCAGAGGGCUGUGGGGGCGCAGCAGAGGCCUGUGGCGGCACAGCAGAGGGCUGUGGGGGCGCAGCAGAGGGCUAUGGGGAGCAUCGGUCUCAACAUUCCGGCGUGCAGAGAGUGGCUGGUAGACGUUAUAAGGGACAAGUGUAA